CAAAUCCAUCCCACCCUCCGCUCCCCUCAAUAAAACCCCCAAGAAAAAGAGAGAGAGAGAGAGACAAGCCAAGAAAAGCGAAAAGAAGUUGGAAGGGCAGAGACAAAGCUUUUCGCCAUUCGAUUCGUCGAUCUGCGCGUUUCUGGGAUGUCGAAAAUGAAGCUGGACCGCAAGCCUCCGCUCGCCAGAUCUCCGGCCCGCCUUCGUCCCCGCCGCGUCCUCCGGUCGAGCGCGACCGCGAUGAAAUCCUUGCAGACCCCUCCAGGAUCCUUGACGAAAUCGCAAAAGCUGAGCCGCGCGUGGGACAUCGAAGAAUCGGAGCUCCGCCCUGAGUACCGCUCCAUCUCGUGCGAGCUCCGCGCGCUGACGGAGAUGGUCCGCGACGAGCUCAGCAACGCGGAUCCCGCGGGCUCCUUGUUCGCCGGCGGCUCGGGCGCCAACACGGUCUCCGUGUUCGAGAGGGGGAGGUUCUACGACGUGUACUCCGCGAGGAGGAACGAGAGGCUGCGGAGGAAGAAAGGGGGGGAGCAGGGGGAGGAGAAGAAGGCCGUGUACGACCUCGGCGUCACGGUCGAGCCGACGAAGAGGAGGGGGGAAGGGAAGAAGCUGCAGAGCCUGAGGAAAUCGGUCUGCGCGGCCUACUCUGUGGAGAGGAGUGAGGCGACCCCGGCACCUCGGUACUUGCUCAGAAGCAGCACAAAGGAGAACAAGAAGCCUCCCCUGGCCACGAACUAUGAGAAGUCCGCCAUCGCCGGCGAGCGAAGGAUCGGGGCCCAGAGAGGGAAGAAAAACUGAGGGUCGGAAGGACGGUGAAGGGUUAGAGGUAGGUGGGUGGUGAAGACAAUAGAGGUUUCUGAUUCGAACUUGGGUUUGGACAUUCUUCCUCUUCGGGAUGAAAGUUUGGUGUUGUCUAUAAGGUCUUGAUUGUGAGCGUGCUUGAACAUUUAUUCUGGGGGAUUGUACGGCUAUAUCAGUUCGGCAAAUGUGUAAAGUGUUUGCGGAAUUGAAUCUUCUAGUUUUCAAAGCAAUGACAUUUGUUCAGUGUCAGUAGUA